AUGCUGAUGAAAAAUUGCCAUUACCAAAUGGGAGGUUUUGCUUUGACCACAGUGGCCUGGCUACUCUGUUGCAUAUCCAUAGGCCUCCCUCAGUGGCAAGUGUGGCACUAUGAAGACCCUGUGAUCCUCAAGCCUACAGUGGCUUUUGUGGGCAUAUGGAGAGCCUGCAUUUUCCACACUGACAGCAACUCCAGCAACAACAGAAUAUGUCACCAAUACAACUACCGUGAUUCCUUCGUUCCUUUGUAUAUUCGAAUAAACCAGCACUUGCUGCUGGUUUCUAGCUUUCUUGGGCUCUUUGGGAAAAUCACCACCAUUAUUGCUCUUUCGAAUGUGAGUAUGGGAAGAGUACGGAGGAAUGCCACCUGCAAUCCAUUCAGCCUUUCAGGGAUUCUGAACAUCAUUGCUAGCAGCUUUCUUUACCUUGCUGUUUUGUUUAAUUACAUAGCCAUCGUGCGCAAAUGGGGGGUUUCCUUCCCACCAUCUUUCCAUAUGCCUUCCCACCCAGACAUUCAGAAGAUGGGAAGUGCCAUGGCUUUGGCAAUUAUAGCUGCAGUUUUCUUUCUACUAAGUGGCACAAUUUGCCUUUCUUCAAAUUUAGGCAAGUCGCCCCAUUCCAAAAUUUAA